AUGAGCGACUCCCGGCUGAGCUCCAAGAUAUCCUGGGACUACGAAUCAACCACCAUGGCUAAGAAAGUCAAGAAUCGAAUCAUCAUCGUCCGGCUGGUCUCGAUGGCCAUGACUGGCUUCUUCUACACUAUGCGACGACCCAGAACGUCCUCGCCAAUGGGCCUUCUCAAAUACGAUCCAAUUGUCCGCAAGAAGGUCCUUUUCCUCGAGACGAAAAAGCGAAACAGAUAG